AUGUGGCAGCAGGUGAUGGCCGCCAUUGAAAAGACGCCAGUCGAGAUAGGUGGCUACAGAAGGAGCCAAUUUAGACCCUUGGAUGUUGUGGAGCUGUGUCAGCUGCUGCUCUUGACAGUAAAACAUCGUUCAGGCGACUUGGGUGUCUCAUGUUCCUUCUAUGCGGGCGUCGUGAAUGUUCUUCAGCUGCUGGAGUGGUUGGUUCUGAUGCUGAAGUGGUUGCAGCUCCUGUUGCUGGGAUUGAUGAUGAUGCUGGUGAGAGCAAAUCCAAGCGGUCCUCAAAUUUUGACAGCUGGUGGUUCUUAUGUUGGAAACUUCGUUGCCUCGAAACAAACAAAAUUUGUUACUCAUGGAUGGAUGAAUCAAGGAGAUCACAUGAGUGCAAUCCGUGAUGGGUGGCUACAAGCUGGAGAUUACAAUGUGAUUGUCGUAGACUGGUCAGUCCACGCAGGAAAUUGGAAUUAUGCUCAAGCAAAAGCUGCUGUAUCAGGAGUUGGAGAAGUUCUGGCUGCUUUCAUCAACUGGCUUGCUUCUCUUGGUGCCAGCACCAAUAACAUGCAGCUUGUAGGACACAGCCUAGGCGCUCAUGUGUGUGGUGUUGCAGGAAAUCGUGUUACUGCAGGAAGACUGAAUAGAAUUACAGGCAUGGACCCAGCAGCACCACUCUUUGGUAUAGAGUCUACUGCAGACCGUCUUGAUGCAAGUGAUGCUAGCUUUGUACAGGUAAUACACACCAGUAUUGUAUUUCCUGGCUGGAAGGAUGCUAUGGGAUCAGUUGACUUCUAUCCAAAUGGUGGAUCAUCCCAGCCUGGCUGUGGCAUUGAUGCUGGAGGUGUAUGUAGCCAUGGUCGCUCAACAGAAUUCUUUGCUGAAUCUAUAACAACAGCAACCGGUUUUAAGGCACACCAGUGUGGCAGCUGGAAUGACUACAAUAGUGGAAGUUGUGAUAGCAAUCCAACAGCUCUCAUGGGAGAGACUGUAUCAACCAGUGCUUCUGGAACAUACUAUUUGGCAACUGCAAGUUCUUCACCAUACGCUCUUGGAUAG